GGCACUGAUUAAACUUGACCGAGCCUCCGACAUAUGGCAAGUACCAAGUGAGCACCAUAACCCCAAUCUUUCCAUUUCCUUCUUCGUCACUGAUUCGUACACCGCUCUUUUUCCGUAUCUCCCAAAACUGUGAACUCCAUUCUACACAUGAAGCGAAAGAAAUGGUCGGAGAUGGAAGAACAAACCCUCCUGACCAAGUACUCGGAGCUUCGAAACUCGGGAGCCUUGGCCAAGCUCAAGACGCGAGAGAAGAAAUUCAAGCCCGUGGCGGACCACGUUAAUACGGUACACCAUCUCCAGGACUCAACAAGUUUUCCCUUCAAGUGGACCUGGCGGGACGUGUCCAUCAAGGUCCAGAACAUGCGCCACCAGUACUUGGGUGUGAAGCAGAAGAUCCAGGUCUCGAAGGACGACUUCAACUGGAAAGAUGGGGAAAAUCACUGGGUAAAUUUCUUGAAGUACAAGGAGGUGUUUGGGGAUGUGGAGCUUGAUGCCAAGGGCAAGAGGCUGUGUGAGAAUAUGGAUGUUUUUGGGGAUUGUGGGGAUUUGGGGUUCGGGAUUGAUUGUGAGGAUUUGGAGGAAAAGGAGGAAGACGAUGAUGAAGAAGAAGAAGAAGAAGAAGAGGAAUAUGAUGACUGUGGUGGUGGUGGUGGUGGUGACGGUGAGGAUGGUAAUGGUUGCAGUGGCGAUGGUGAACAAAUUGUGAGGUCUGAUGGCCAAUUUGUGGAUGGAAGGGGUAAUGGGGAAAUGGGUUUUGCUCGGAAGAAAUCGAGGAAGGGUUUCGGAGUAAAUCGGAGAUUGAGAUUGAUGGGAACAAAAGUUUCAGAGUUGAGGGAUGUGGUGGUGAAGAGGGAGGAGAGGAAAAGAGAGAGGCAGUUUCAACUGGAGAAGAGCGAGAUAGAGAGGGAGGAAAACAGGAAAGAAGCGCGUUUGAGGGCGGUGGCGAGGAGAUACGAGACGAAAGAAUGGUUGGAGAAUAGGGAACUGGAGUUGGAAGAGAGGGAGUUGAUAUGGGCAAGGAGGGAAUUUGAGAGAAGGUGGAGGUUGGAAAGAGACUUUGUCGAUGAGCGGCGAAGGAAGCUGAGGAUGGAGCAGGAGAGGGAGGAGGAGGAGAUGGAGUGGAGGGAGAGGAUGGUGGGGUUGCAGAUUGAGCAUGAGAAGCAAAUGAUGCAAAUGCACGCGGAGGCAUGCCAGAACCAAAUGCAGAUUCUCGGGGUGAUGGCUCGGCUUGUAUGUCAGUUUUUUGGGUCUGCGAGUGAUGGGUUGGGUGGUGCGUUGGGAGCCUUGCCGCCUCAAGUCUUGCAGAGUUUGCAGCAUCCAGGAGGAUUGAGUGAUAACGGGAAGCCUGAUGCCAAUUCUCCUUCUGAAUUCCUGUGACUGUAAAAUGCGAGGUAUGAAUCAUCAAUCAUGACUUCCUUGGUGGUGUGGUGUCAGCUCACUGUAUUUUGCUAGUAAAUGCUGUUGACUAUGCCAUAACUAGACAUUAUUUUCUGCUGGCCUCCAAAAAGCCAGUUUGGUUGGGGACCCGUACUGCAUUAAAUCAGCUUCCUGGAGGAUGCUACCGUUGCCACAUAUCCUUGACUGCCUGGCCAGCACCAGUGGAGCUACCGACAAAGAUGCCUCUAUGAAUGUGAAUUUGGCCAAAAUGAGAGGUAAAAUGAAUUUAGAACUUUGGAGGAAAACUUAUGCUUGAUUUUCUGUUUCUUUUUUUAUUAUGGACGUAUGGUUUUAUGUAAUGUAUGGCAGUGCAUCAAAGUGUAAAAAGCAUUAAGAGAUUUAUAUCGUAAUAUAAAAUUGAAAAGGAUUUCCAAGUGUCUUGGCACCAUAUAGCUUGUCCAAAGCAUUAUUGGAUUGAGUUUACCAGAAAGAUGGACCCGCGCUAGUUGUCAUUUUGGUCUUGCAGAUUUUACCUUUUGAAAUUAGUUUAUGGAAAUAUCAGUGAAACAGAGGUUGCUCAGAGUUCCUUGAUUCAAAAGCAUGCUAGCGAUUGAACAAUAAAAGUGAGGCGAAUCUGGUUAUUCUUGCAAUGACACUCCCCCUUUGUUAUAUACGUCCUGGUUUUGUGAACACUGCAAUCUAUAUUUUGAAAUCAGUUCUUUAGAUCCCCUUUCAUAAUUCAAAUG